UGCAGAGUAAUAAACAGGUUUUACACCCUGAGCUCUAGUGAGAGUUUAAUUUAUCCGCCCAGCAAUCCACAGAGUGAGGUUAAUUUACAAAAUGAGCAGGUUCUCAGCAAGUAAGAACUCUCUCCUGCAAGACAACAGCUGGAUCAAGAAAACUGAUGAUGAGGAUGAAGACGUUGACCGAGACCCAAACUUUGGCAAAAUUGUUCUAAGCCAGUACAGAUCCACUGAAAAUCUUGGGGGUUCAGAACCUGAAGAAGUGACUACCACCAAACCAAUACGCACAUCAACAACAUCUGUGCAGGCUCUCACCAAGAGAUUCAGUGGAAGUCAGGAUGAGCUAAGGAGCAGCACCCUCCCUUCCAGCAAGACUACGUCCUCCUACACCAAAAGCACAUAUUCAAACGUGAAGUCAGAUUCUCCCAAGACCACCACAACCACUACAGUGACCAAGGAUGGAACCACCAUCACCUCCACCCAGAGUCUGAGGUCCCCUGGGAUUACUUCUCCCACCACGACCUUCACUGAGAGGGUCAAGUCUUCAAGCAAAGGGGCACAAUACUCAACCUACUCACCUACCAAAACAACCAAAGUGACUGAGACAACUGUUACCAGCAGUAAAGAUCCAGAGGACAAACUCGACUCACUCAUUCCCCCAUCUAUCAAGGAUGAUUUUUCGCCUACAGACAGCAAAAGAACUGUCUCCAGUACUGAGACUGUGACGGUGAAAAGCAGCCCUAAUGGAGAUGGCAUUAAAACUACAACCACUACAAGGACUUCCUCUACGGCUGAGGAUGAUCUGUAUGACACCCUCCUGCCUAAAUCCAUUACAUCUUCUCCUGUCAGUACCAGCAUCAAAAAGAGAGAGAUAGUCACCGUGGAGAGCAGCAAAGGAGGAGAAAGCCCAACUCCUUCAUCGCCAUCCUCCACCCGCAGAACCACCAGCUACAGCUCGUACACUGACGAUAUUCCUUCUACCCGCACCACCUCCUACACCAUCAGCACCAAGCCCAGUGAGGACUAUAGCAGUGACCGGAAAACCUACUCUUACUCCAGACCAGACUCCAGUUAUGAGUACAGCAGUAUCACCAGUCCCUCUGCCUACACCUCGUCAUCAUACAGGAGCAGCAGCAGGUCAGAUGACAUUCUGGCAGAUCCAAUUUACUCUAAAUCCUCCACAAAGAGUGUGUAUGCAUCUCCUGAGAGGGCAGUGCUUGAGAAGGACCUGUGCACCUACUGCCAUAAGCCCUUCAAUGCUGAUGCCAAGAUGGUCCUGGAUGACAUGAAGAUCAACUGUCAUGCUUCCUGCUUUAAAUGUGCGGUGUGUAACAGCACUCUGGGUCAUAUGAAAGCCGGGGACAGCAUGUGGAUCUACAAACGCAUGGUGCACUGUGAGAACUGCUUUGAGGUCACCAGAGAGAAGUGGAGACGCUGAGAACCUUCACUGGAGAUAUAUACGCACAUGAACAAAGAUAAAAAGAUAGAAAUUGAUAAAUGUUUAUCGAUAUGUUUUGGGUGACGUGGGUUCUACUGUACUAAUGUUUUUACAAGCUGACAGAGCUUUACGUGGGUGUUUUGACAAAUGACAGUUACAGUCUGAAUAUAGCCUUUUUGGUAACAAGCAACCACGAUAGCAGCUAGUUGUUCUGUGUUGUUGACGUCAUGAUACUGCUGUCUCUGUAUCUAACCCUUUCACAAAUUUGAGAUAGCAUUUAUGAUAUCCUCUUAAGCCUGUAUCCUUCAGGGGGACUCUUGUGUGUAAACAUGAUGGGAGAUAUUGCAACAUUUAGGGCCGGGGGCUUUUUCUUUGUGCAAUAAAGGCAACCAAUAUAUCUUUAUCUGAAAAAAUGAGUAAAAAUGUGUCCGUUCUUUUGGUGUUAAGUUGCCUUGUUCUUUAUUGUAUCAUUAUUUACUCUUUAAUUAUUUGUAUGUAUGAAGAAUGGUGAUCUAAGAUAUUUAUUUUGUCUUUACUGUUACUAGACUAGAUACUAGAAUUACAGCCCUGCGGUUGUAUGCCUCCGCCAACCCAGUUGCAUUUUACAUCCAUAUCUGUCCAGA